GGGCCAGGAAGAUGCGAGGAGUUGCCCAAUCUUAUAGACAAGACGGCAACACCCGGAACCCCGAAUUGAAUGGGGUUUUAAACGCGCGUAUAGAGAGAGAAAGAGAGAGAGACAAGACACCUGUUAUUCGGUCUAAGAUUGUUCCGCUAAGCGUGGAAGGGAUCCUGUGCCCCAAGUGUUCGUGCAGAGUGAUUUAGUUGUGUUUAAACGAGUGUGUCGAGUGAUGCUGUUCGUCUCUGAAGUGAAGAUGAUUUUGGAAAGAUUUUUUUAUAUAUACAAAUGAUGUGAAAACCUUCUAUAAGUGAAAUGUAUUAUUUGUAAAUGCUUUUCGAUUGAUAAUUUAAGGUUUGUUUACGUUUUCAUGUAAAGUUUGACGAAUGAAAAGUUAAGUUUUUUUUUGCAAGCCAAAUCAUCCCUAGUGGCAAGCGCCAACUAUUAUAGAAAUAAACGUCGGCAUUUGAUCAUCCUAUUCGAAUGCCUUCCUCCAUGGAUGGAGCGGAGUCCUCCAAAGACCCUCCUUCGAGGAGGAGGUCCAUGGUCUGCCUGAGGGUGAUCCCGCAGGACAUCGUAGCCCGCAAGAGGAGCCUGUUUCUGGACGCGCCGAUCGAUUUCGGCGACCUGAAGCAGGCGGCGCUGAACGGCCUCGACUCGUCCUCCUCAGACUGCUCUUCCCUGGACUUCCUGAGCAGGAGACCGAGGAAGGGCGCCUUUGUCCAGGGCAACAGCAACACUAAUGGCCCCCCUCCUGGAGGAGGGAGGUCACUCCUGACGGCAGAGGAGAACGAAGGAGGACCUUCUUCUUCCUCCUUUUUCUCCGAGACCGAGAGCUUGAGCGGUUACAACGCCUCGUCGGAGACUGAGAGCUGUGACCAGAGAAAGAGGUGGAGCUACGGUAGGCCUACUGCCGUAGGCGGGAGAGGAGGGAGAGAAGCCCUAGCGGCGGCUCUUAGGCCUAUAAGUGUUGAAGACGCUCACGACGACAGCAGCAAGAGCGACGUCGAACUCUCAGUUGAGGUGAGCAAGGUGCUGCCAGCCACGAAUGUAAGCAGAGAUCAAGUGCCCAGGUUCUACGCCAGUACCGUCAAGACGUGGUCGGCGGAACCCCAGCCAGUCGAACCACUGCACCAUGGAGAGUCUCCCACACUCAACCCAGGCCAGACCCAUUUUAAAGUCGAGGGUGGUCCCAAAAGAAGUCCCGGGGACGGUGAUGAAGGCCCACUGCUCCUGACGACGUCACACGACCACCAGCCAAUCAGCGACCGCUUGCAGGUGACGUCACACGACCACCAGCCAAUCAGCGACCGCUUGGAGGUGCCGUCAGUAGCUGACAUGCGGCCUAUCACAGGCCGGGGUGUCGGGGGUGUGUACAGCGGAAAGUCUUCAGAGCAGCACCAGGAAUGCCUAUGCAAACCAAGGGGCACUGGCAGCAUCUCAACCCCAAGUCCCUCCUGGGCAGGUAGAGCCAUACACCUGAGCCCCUUCUACUCCCAGCCUCGUUCCUUGGACGCCAACAUCAACACCACCAGCAACGCCUCCGUCAGUAGCAAUAGCAGCAGCAAGUCUCAGCAGACUGCAGCAGUCCAGGGACAAGCAGGAGGAGUAGGGAUGGGUGUCAAGGUUCCUGCUGGUAGCAGUGGUCUUCCCAUGGGGUAUUCCCCUCACCUACAACAACAACAUCAACAACAACAAGGAGAGAAGAAGAUGGCUCCGCCCACUUCUUCUUCUUCUACUUCUUCACCAACCAGACGCCAGAGUCUUCCGGAGGGACCUCGGCACUCCAAGGAGUUGCUUUAUGACGACUCUCCUUCAGGGCUGACUUGCACAUGUCCACACGGCAAUACAACUGGUAGCACCAGCUCAUCUUCCUCCACCUUCACGAAACGAAGACCGCCCCACAGAGACGACCUCCUCCUCCUGCCGAAGCUCUCCCUCUCGAGGGACUCGAGGGGAUACAUCAGGCAGGACGACCAUGACGACGGAGGAGGAGGAGGAGGAGGAAUUAGCAGUAAACCAAAGGCGUCCUCUUCGUCAGGGUCCUCAUCUCGUUACAGACGCAGCAUCAGCCUCGGCCAAAUCUUGCAGGCUUCCGAGGAGAGUCCUUACGCCAACGGUUACAGCCGUCCUUGUGGGAGGACGUCCUACCCAGGGAGCACCGAGCCCUCUCCUGCAGACGAGGGUGGCGGCGGGGCUGCUGGGAGAGAGCUGAGUGACUUCGAGAAGGAGAAUCUGCUGUUUUUGAAAGACCUGGACAACAGCUACCAUCGUCCGUUGACUCAGAGUCUCAGCAACACGAGCCUAGGGUCUACCUACUCCGAGGACUCUCUGACAGGAGACUCUACUCCGAGAGGAGGCAGUCCUUACCCAGGGCGCCGCGAGUACCCGAGGACAGCGUAUUCGCCCUCCAAGACCUCCCCCUCCAAGAUAAUCCGCUCCAUCUCGAGGGAGGAGCCCGAGGACGACCUCUCCGAGGGCGACACCAGUCAAGAUGAGCGGAGGAGGAAGGAGGUGGUGAUGGGACGGAAGACCUCGCUCCCUAUACUCGCCAGCAGGGCAGGAGGAAGCACAAGCGACUCGUCUGCGCCUUCCAGCCUGUCCAGUCUACAGGGAGCACCCGCCUGGUGGAAUAGCAAGCCUGUGAAGGAGCCCCCUCCGAGGAAAUACUCAGACAACAGCAUCUCCCCCUCCCCCAGUUUCAUCCAGGCGAAGAUGGUCUUCUCCCACCGGAGUCUCUCCUCCCCAGGGGGCGAUACUUCGAGGAUUCCCCCCGGGGAAAGUACUUCGAGGAUUCCAACGGCUUCCGGGUUUUUGCAAGAGCCCCCUUGGAGGAAAUCCAAGGGCGGCGUCGCCUCUACUGCUGCUGCUGCUGGGGUCACUUCAGAUUCGAUGGACGCCUUGCAAGAUAUCGAGCGGAAAUCCUCGGUAAACCAAGACAGCAAAAUCUCUCCGAGUGCUACCACGACUACAACUUCGUCUGCGACGGCAGGAGGACCAAUCCCCGACGACCCCACGACGGGAAGGUCCCUCCUCCUUUCGGGAGAGAAACCACGCAACGGCUUCAUCCCUUCCACGGGCGGCGCCCCAACCAACAACGAAGGCUCAUCCCUCUCCUCGUCGGUGUCAUCGUCGUCAGCGCCCGCAGGAGCUCCCUCCCAUCAGCAGCAGCAGAAUGAAGACUGCGCCGAGAGUAACCAAGAGGUAAACAGCUCCAGUGCUUCCCUCGAGCCGAAGAAGCCCUCGCCCAUGGCCUUCACCAUCGAGCUGGGUGGCGGAGGACCUGGCCAGAGCGACGCGCCCAAGAAACUCGACAUCACGGCCUCCAUCAGCAAGUGGGCGCCCAAGCACAGGAGGAACCUGAGUCUCACCAAAGUCGAGGAGCACAAGGUGGUGGAAAAUUUCUUUGAUGAAAAUGGGAACUCUAGACCUAAGCGUCGCAGUACGAUCAGUAGGCUGGAUAAAGUGGAAGAGAGGGUCGGAAAGCCCCCUGUGGGACGCCCUAGGAGUGGCACUAUUGGGGCCACGGGCCUGUUUCAAGGCCGACGCGCCGGGGGAUACCACUCUGAAGGAUACUUCUCCUCGGAUCAGGACGACGAGACCCCCAGGAGGACAGCAGAUCUGAAGUCUCCUCGGUCACCAAGAACCCCGGAACUACGUUCGCCACAGACUCCCCAGAGGCUCGUCAGAUCAACGUCUCAAGAUUCAGCCAAGGGAGCGAGUCUUAAGAUGCGUACCCCAAGCCCCGAUAGUUCAAGUAGGGCUUCCCACACCAUGACCCUCAAUGAAUCGGCGUCCUACUUGAUCGAGAAGAUGAUGAGCGGGACCCCGGAAACUCAGAGGAAACAACCUGGCAAAACGGAAGGCAGGACUUGUUGUAAAGCUGAAAAGAAACCAACAGUUGCUGAGGUCACAGGCAGGACGAAGAGUGAGAAGGGUUCCAAGAUUGCGACCAAAAUGACUCCCGAAGCCAGGAAACAGAGCACCAGUGCCAACAGUUUGAGCAGCUGUCAAACCUACGAUGUCAAAUUAGGCUUAGGGAAUGAGCCUGGCAAAGAGGAGAAGGAUGAUGUCAGCGAGGCUGGAACCUACACAAUAGAAAAGGAUUCCUCGUCUCCAGAGGUGGAACAAGCAAGGAAUGACAUCGACCGAGUGUUCGGCGUGUCUGGCACCGAAAGCGAAGCUGAAAUCACUCCAAGGGGGAACGUCCCCUCCGAGGAGCCGUUUACAACCACGCCAGAGGCGGAUAAGUUCAAGAGUCCAAGCAGUCUUAGUCGCAACAGCCCCAACUGGAUCCAGCAGUGGGCUGCUCAAGUGGCGGAGCACACGAAGACUCCUGAUUCCUCGAAGACGCUCAUCGGAUCCCCUCGAGGCUCCAAACCCACCCUGACCUCCCUCUCGUCUUCUCAAGAAAGUAGUGAAUCUCGCCCACGUAGGAAGCUGCCAACGCCACCCACCCACCACCACCACCUGCCCUAUGGCAUGACCUCGCCCAGAGCUUCUGACAUUUCAGAUCACGAGAGCCCAACAAAAGGCAGAUUGCUGAGAGACCUCUACGACUCCCCAACACCUCCUCCCCCCCUGGGACCACCGCAGAGUGAUCCCUAUGGCCGGGACACAGAAUCCCUCCUGCGGGACACUGAGCAACUUGUCACCUCCCUACAGGCUCGCAUGGAUAUGAAGACCUGCGGCGGUGGCGGCAUCAGGGGCUCCUCGUUCGAAUCCCACGACUCCGGCGGGGAUUCGGACCUGGACACCAGCACGUCGUACCCCAUCAACGAGGACGACGACCGGCUCAUGAAGACCUUCGGCGCCCAGCAGAAGACCAAGCUGAAGCUCGGCGGGAUCGAGGGUGGGGUCUCCUCAUCUUCUUCGAGGACGCCUCCGGUGUCUGCUAGUCCCAGGAAGGGGGCCGGAGGAGAUUCUUUCUUGGGGCUGGACAGCAGCACCACCAGCAGCAGCAGCGUCAGUAGGCUGAACAAACUCGGGGGUCACUUCAAGAGAGAACGGUCUAUAGUAUCUGACAGCGGGUAUGAUAUAUAUUCAGCCUCGAGAGAAGGAGGAGGAGAGCAGUGUUUGCAAUCAGAUAGCAGUAGUGAGGCUAGUGAGCCGCUUAAAGAUAGUCGCAAGGCCACUGAUAACAAUCCCCCUCUCAAGUUUAAUAGAGCAUUUAGCUUAAGAAGAGCUCGUCUCGGCUGUGAUGAAACCGCUACCGCUACCACCACCACGACCACACCUUCCAAAUCGUCCCUUCCUGUAGAGAAGAAGAAACUCGCUCAGUCGCCAAGUGUCGGGAACGUUCCCGGGACCAGGAAACCUUUAUCUUCUAGCAAGAGUCACCAAAGCACGAGAGGAGACAGCCAGUCCCAGACUUCUGCAUCCAAGAGUGGUGGUGCCAACGACUUCAGCAGAGGCGAUGGAGGUCGAUUUAGUUUACGUUUAGCUCGGUCCGGGUCUACAAAUACUGUCUCAAAAUCUCCCUCUCACUCAUCUGUUAGAAAAGAAUUAUCCAAUGGCAUCAGAAGAGCAGCCCCGAGGUCCAACUCGACCCUCUCAGCCAAAGAGGUCGACUUCCAGAACUGGAAGCGACGCAAGAAUUACGACCCGAUGAAAGCAGCGGCCGAGGGCAGGAAAAAGUUAGUCGAGAAGAAGAACGAGAAAAAUACCCAGGGCAACGGCCGUAACUCGUCUGCGAUGAGGUCCCCUAGUCCACCUGGUUCACUUCUGCGAUCCGCCUCCUUCCACGGGACCGAGGGUAUGGGCAUGUCCGGCCGAUGGCCCAGAAAGAACAGUCAUCUUACCAUGAGUGAGGACGACGGUCCGUACUCACUGGAGGAAGAGGUGAGACGCUCAUGCCAGCCACAACUGGUACCUCACUGCUCACCCUUGAGGAGGUCGCCAACCUCCCCCCACCAGCUGGCCUCCCCCCACAUCACCUCCCCAGCCCGCCAGGCGACAAUAGCCUCCGUCAGGGCACGCAGGUCCUCGUACACUCAUUCUGACGAGGGCGAAGGCCCAGCGUCACCAUCUAGAAAGCCUUCACUCGACGAGUCCGGGAGUGAGGGGAAGCGCUCGCCCUUGGGCAGCACCCGAGGCGCGGUUUCAGGAAGGUCCAAAGCCAAGAUGGAGGCGCUGGAUAACCUCGUCAUAUCCACCAUUCACUCCCUCUCAGUCAAAGUCAGGACGACGUCGGAAACUCUCCUACAGAAGCUCAAGUCACAGUACGACGAGGAGGGCGACAGAGCAGCCCUCUUAGAAGAGGUCCUGGCGCACCUUAGUGAAAGUGACCCAACCCUCUCGACAAGCCAAAGCAGGUCCACUUCCAGAGAAUUAGCUGGUAUACUACGAAAUCUGAAAAAGAUAGAGCAUGCAUUAGAAGUAAUUGAUCGAGUCUUAGUGGGCGUCGAUGACGAUGACCUGGAUGAUGAUGACGACGAUCUGGAUGGAACUGUAGCUAACGAAUGGGGGGAGAGUGACUACUGAUGUUACAAGGAGUUACAAGGAUUAGGAUGUCUCGAAGACUUGCUAGUCCAUCCGAGGAGACAUCAUGUGCUGAUAUGAAAAAAUAUAUUGACUCUAAAAAGACUUUCUAAAAGUGAUAAUUAUCUGAAUAUACACACAGAGAGAUAGACCAAGAUAGAAAAGGAAAGACUAGUUCAGUGCUGAGAUUUUUUUAAUGUGUAAAAAAAUUUUUUUUUUUUUUUGGAGAGAAAAAAAACAGAUGGACUCUCUCGUUGGUGUUUUGUAUUAUAUAUGUACAGAUACUUAGAAUUUAAAAAAAGUGUAGUGGCGUAACAAUUAAUUAACAGGAACUGAUAAUAGCAUAAUGUGGUGAGUGACCCGUUCAUCGACCUCGGAAGGUAUCGUCAAAGUUGUUUUAUAAAUAAUGAAAAAAAUAGUAUUGAUUUGUACAUAACAGUAUGUUGUUGCCGUUACUAUGAAGGACUUCAGUUGCAUCGAGACAGGAGGAGAAGAGCCGUUUUAGCAAUUGCACACAGGAAAGGAGAGAGAGAGAGAGAGUGAGAGAGCGAGAAAGAGGAGAGAGAGAGAGAGAGAGAGAGAGAGAGAGAGAGAGAGAGAGAGAGAGAGAGAGAGAGAGAGAGAGAGAGAGAGAGAGAGGACAAGGGCUAUGAUUCUGUAAUGCACCUGUAUAUCUUAGGAGCAAAUGUACUUAAACAGAUUUGGUUUUGAACUUUUAGUUUGUCCCCUGACAAACCCAUUAACCCGCCCCGCCCCCCAAAAAACCCCCACUAUUUUUUUUUUAGUAUUUAUUACUUUUUUAAGAGGAGUAUGGCUGUGAACUACGAACCUAGGUUAAUUUAAAAGUGGGGAAGGUGCUUCUAUGUAACAGAGAACUGUAAAAGAACGAACGCAUAUGCAAGUACAACAUAUGAACAUGCAAAGUGGUGAGGAUUGAGUACCAUAAGAUACCAUGACAAUACCAUUACAAUAUCAUUAAAAUACCAUUGAAUCCCAUACUUCCACACCCACUUGUGUCACAUCUCGAACAAGCUGGACGCCACAUCUCGUUCCGUGAUCACAACAAACACUCGUAUUUCUUCCAUUACAGAGAUAGAGAUGGUAUAUUUUCAAUUGUAUAAAUAGAAGUGCCUAUCCUUAACACUGCAGAAAUGGUAGUGGUAUAUAUUGCUGAUACGAAGACAUUCCAUUACAUUCCAGUGACAUACAUCCAGUGUUAGUAUUGCUAUCGUGAUACGUGGGAAAACGCAGACACACACACUUACGUGCAUCAACUCUCCUGAUGAUAAUCGAAGUUUUCAUUCCAUAUUGCUUAAGUAGACCAAUUUUGAUUUUUUUUAAAACACAAUGUUACUUAGGUGAGGAGCAGUAUUGUUUACAUUUUUCGAAUAUGAAUAUAUUAGAGAAAAUUCAUACAGUAGUAGCAGACAUUUAAAUGAAAUCACUACGAAUCUUAAACACACUAAUAUUCUGAUAGAGAAUAUUGACCAGGUUAAAACAUUGCAUUAGAAAUUAAUGAGUAUUGUCAUUUAAGUAGUAAACUUUCAAUGGUUAUUUACACAUUUCCCUCAAACAUCAGUAUUUGACGAUAGCUGAUUUUUUUUAGCGACUUUUCCUGAAUUUUAAAGAAAACGGUUUUAUGAUACCCACUCAAAUUCGAGAACGAAAAUGUUGUAAGACUUCAUAAGACUUUUCAAGACUUAUACUAGUCUGCUAAUAGUUUUAGUUCAUUCCCUGCCCAGACUUUGAUGCAGCUUGUGCAAUCAAUUGCAGCCCUUUAAUGAAAGUCUAGAAUAAAAAAGAUAAAGUCAAAACAGGCUUUUGACGAAACAUUUUUAACGAAAGUAUCUGGCAAAUGCUAUACAGACGUUCCUCUACUUACGAACGAGUUUCGUUCGUAUCUUGAUUUGUUCGUAGGUCCAACUUGAUAUAUAUUCAAGAGCCGGUACUUACGGUAUUUUUUUUUUUUUUCAUACUUAAACACAACACUAGUGUCCUGUACUGCAUUUCAUGAGAGUAUUUCGUUAACACGAAUGAUAUAUAAAACCUAAAUACAUUAAAUACAUUUUUUAAUUCACGAUCGUUGGUGUUUUUUUUUUAUCUCUGAAAACUCAUAAGUUGAAAGUUCGUAAAUAGAGGAACGUUCUACACUUUUUUUCAUCAUCUGAGGCAUUUUACUGUCAUGCAUUUACAAAUUCAUCUCAUCACAGAAGGAAAAAUAGUGACCCUACGAGAUUUACAAGCACGUAAAAUUUGUACUCAUUGGUUGUUCUCCCUCAACACCAUCCCCCCCCCCCCCCCACCCUCUUUUUUUU